AUGAUAGACUCGGAAAAGUCGGACAAAGAGUUGGGAUACGAGUCCCACAGCGAUGUCGAUGCGGACGAGUCGACUGAAUCCCUGUCCAAAAAGGACGGUCAACUCACGCCGGACGAGCUCACGGCUCAGGGAAUAGCUUUUUUCAUCGCCGGCUACGACACUACCAGUGCCGCCCUAACCCACGCAAUAUACUACUUGUCUCAACACAAGUUGCAUCAACAAAAACUGUACGAAGAGUUGAAAACAUGCGAUGAGUUUACUUAUGAGAAGCUAGGUCAUUUGAAAUACUUGAACGCAAUCAUCAGUGAGACCCUACGUCUGGCCCCAUCCCUAACCCGUGUCCAAAGGGAAGCCUUGCAGGACUACAAACUCGGAAAUACCGGUAUUACUGUACCAAAGGGCACGUCCAUUGAAAUACUGCCCUACGCUCUACACCGGGACCCGAAGUACUGGCCCAACCCUAAUGACUUCAUACCCGACCGCUUUCUAGAGCCCACACACCAUCCCUAUGCGUACCUACCAUUUGGUGCCGGACCUCGUGUUUGUAUUGGACAACGGUUUGCCUUACAAGAGAUGCGAAUGUGCCUGGCUAAACUCAUUCACGCAUACGAUUUUACCCUGGCUCAGAAAUCUAACUUGGACUACUAUAAUGGUAGUGUCUUAAUGUCACCCAAAAAG